AUGUUCUUAAAUAAAGAAGUAUCACCAAUUUCAUUGGGCAGAACAACUCAAUUUUUAGAUGCUAAUUAUGGGUUACCAACAACGCGAACUUUAAUUAUACUUUUCUUGUUGGCGCGACGAAAAGAAAAAAAGGGACAAAAUAUGGCUAUCUUACAACUUGGUCUUAUAAUUUUUGAUUUGCUCAUGGAUAUUCUUUUUGUCAUCACAAACGCUCGAGUUGUUGACUGGCUUUAUAUUCCAAAGUUCUUAGAAUGGUUUUCACAAAAUGGAAAGGUUGCAUCUACAUUCACUUUAUUAGCUGGUGCAGAUAUUGAGGGUGCUUGUUUAAGCGUUUGCCUUGAAGAUAUUCCUCAAUUAUUCAUUCAGCGAAAUACCAUAAAUUACGAUAUUAUUCCACUUUUUACGCUUAUUUCAUCAAAAGAACCUGAAUUAAAAGGGAAGAUAAAUAAAGGUUCUGAUGUACCAAUUCCCGAGCCCUCUGUAGGUAAAAUCAAUGACGUUAACGACGAGCAUAAAGUCGUCAUAAAAGAUGAUCAAUUUAAAGCAUGCAUUUUUAACAUUUUGAGACAAUAA